AUGAACUCUCCACCUCUUUCUCCGAUUACCUCGCUAUUCCUGUACUACUCUUCAAACUCACACAAACGAAAACAACCUAACACCUCAGCCUCGACGAAUACUCUUGCCACCCUGCCGUCCACACCACCUCUCCCACCUCCCCUCUUAUCCGGUACCGGUACCACCUUUGGCACCCCAUACACACCUGCACAACCUGGCUUUCAGACUCAGUACAGUCAAGAUCAACAAUAUACUGACCCUUCUGGGUCAGGAGGAGGAGAUUACAAAUCAGGUGGAGAUCCCUGGGCUUUCAACGCCUUCAGUUCACCUCCCUCCCCCUCCACGAUAACAUCCACUAGUGAUUCACAGACUGGGGGGGAAACUUUCCCCCCUUCUGAUACAGGUGAAGGUGAAUCAUCGUCUUCCAGGUCUGGAUCAUCCCGUCGUCAGAAUUUAUCUCUCAACAUCAGCUCCCUGCCUACACCCUUCCAGAACGCUUCCUUACAAUCACCCGGAUCUCUAGCUUCUAGCGGUGCUCCGUUUACCGAUUCCUUCACCUCUUCAUCACACAACGUCAACUUUGAGCAGGAUUACUUCCACUUUGCGGAUGGUUCGUUCUCUUCUACCGGAGAAGGGUCAUUAGCAGGCCAGAUACCUCUUGUCCCUCAAGGACAACACCCCACACAUAGAUUACCCGCCUCUCAACCUUCCAGUCCAAUCAGAGGUGUUUAUGCUUUACCUUUUGGUAAUCAAGUUGGCAGACAGCGAGGAGCGACGUUCAGCGGUGGAUCGUUCUACCCUUACGAUCAGAACGGAUCACCAGUCUUCACCUUCAGCCAGAAUAUCCCUGCUCCUCAAGCCAUACCCCCUCAUCUCACUUUCACGAACAUCCAAUCACCACUACACUCACCUUUAGCACCUUCACCGGUCAUAUCAGCUUCUCCCGUACAGCUGCAAACCGACAAUUCUUCCUUCUUCCCUGUUCAGCAAACACAACAACAACCGCAAGCACAGGGACUGGGCGUGCAAGAGGUGUUGAUGGAAGACGUGUCUACCCCAACACCUGCUGUACAACCACCGGUCCUCAGCAGGAAAUCCUCCUUGGGACAGCUGCAGCAACAGCCAUUCGGGUCUAUGACACCAGAGUUCUCUAUGGAAAUGGUAGAUAAGCUCUCGUUGUUGGACAAAAUCGUUAUAUCUGCCCAAACCGCCAAAGACGCUCUUCUUCGUGGCGAACAAGUAGACGUAUCAGCUAGUCUUGGAGAUAUCAAUCAUCAGCUCGAAAUCGCCAGUGAACUGGGAGUCGGACCUGUUCCUACCCCCAGAGAUAUGAAUACACCCAACUCACAGAGUGUAUCGCCUGUCAACUUCACCACAUCACCUACAGUCCAAACAACAUCCGGUAUGAGCCAAACAUUUUCAAAUCCAAUCGGCCAACCCACAAUCCCCACUCAAAUGCAUCCUCCCAAGAAUGUCCCAUCACAAGGGCUGCUACCUUCGUUACCUGUUGAUGGAAACGUGGUGAAUGCUAACCGAGCUGUAUCGGCCACGCCUUUAACCUCCGGAAACUCUAAUUUGAUGGCGGCUGCAACACCGACCGAUUUCCUGAAUGGGAACAAGGCCCAAGCUCCACCUCUGGUUCACUCUCAUUCUUUCCCCAACGGACAUCAAUUACCUAGUCAGAUUCAAGGGACUAUGACACCAAGUACACCUGUCGUCCCAUCACCAUCUUUCAUCGCUGCCAUUGGUGCUCAACAUGCUCCCAUCGUAUCUUCACCUCUCGCUACCAUCCCACCAUCUCGUCCUCCUAGUCCACCUAGAUACACCAUCCCUACUCAACCAUGGACCAAUGACAUGAUGCCCACCAUGGACAUAUCCACUCAGAUGCCCUCAAACCAAAUUUCUCUCCAGCAACAACCCACUGUUGCUCUCGAACGACGAGCCUCGCAGAGUGAACGUGCCGAUGGGCUACCCAUCUCCAGAAAUAGGAGUACCUCUGUGCACAAACAAUGGGCACAUCCUAUGAUGACUGCGAGCGUACCUCCUUCGGUCUGGCAGUCACGACAAGGGUCACCAGAGGACAUGGAUGAGGAUGAGUCAGAGGAUGAAGGACCUCGCAAGAACAAGCGUAGAAGAAGUUCAGUGGGAGGUGAUGGCGGACCCAAUGCAGACCUGUUGAAUGGUGCUCUAAUCUCGGAAGAUAUAAGGAGACAGAUGGAUCAGAUCUUUGAGGAGUUUUUGAAUAGGGUCUGCUCGGAUUUGGAAAUCUGCGAUAGCAAAGGAGAGAAACUCCAUCAAGUUCUCAUGCCCAAGAAAAUGCAACGUCUUGAUGAAUCAACCGACUACCGUCCGUUCAAAUUCCGUAUUCAGGCUUUCACAAAUGCCUUUACUGAAGAGCUACAACGCCGUGGGAUCAGUGAAGAGACAAUGUCGGUCAAGAAGAUCAAGACAUAUCUCUGGAAACAAGACUUGAUCUCGCGUUUCAAUCCUGAUGGAAAGAAAGCUAAAUCAAAGGGAAACCAUAUCUGGAAUGUUGAUGCGAAGAAAUUACCUGGAGGUGGAUGGGUGUUCAGACCUUUCAAGAGGAGAAUCAUUGGUCAACCUAAUUCUUUCGCCCUUGUCAAUCAAAAAUACGAGUGGGAGCCUAGAAUAUGGGAUCCUCAAGCUGCAUCCGAUACUAUAAAACCUUCCUUCCACUCACCUCCUGGGGGGUUGCCAUCUUGGCUACGAUGGGAAGAUUCCACCAAAUUAGUUGGAUUACCCGAACAACCUACUGGGCCAUUACCUAUCACUGUCAUUGCCGAGUUCAUCGAUGGAUCAGGUAACCAGACUACUCUAGAGACCACAUUUACAAUCCAGGUAGUUCCUCAUCUCUUACCUCUUAACGAGACUACUGCAAUGUACGCUCAGGCUGGAUUUAUCCCAUUUGAUUUCCCUGAUCAACCGAAUGGUCAGCCGGUUGCUAUGAUAAACCAACAGGGGUGA